CACAUGGACUGAAACAAAUAGACUUGGAUCAAAUAUGGGGUGACUUAAAAAAUGGAAUUGAACAAGUUUAUAUGAAUAAACACCAAAAUAUGUCAAAAAUACGUUACAUGGAGCUUUAUACACAUGUUUAUGAUUAUUGCACAAGUGUUCAUCAGUCUUUGUCAAGGUCAUCCAAUAAAGGCAGGAAAGGUCCACCACUGGGUGGUGCCCAGUUUGUUGGGCAUGAAUUAUAUAAAAGACUCAAAGAAUUUUUGAAGUGCUACCUUAUUAAUCUUUUAAAAGAUGGAAUUGACUUGAUGGAUGAAGAAGUUUUGCGGUUUUAUACAAGACAGUGGGAAGAAUAUCAGUUUUCUAGUAAAGUUUUAAAUGGCAUAUGCUCUUAUCUAAAUAGGCAUUGGGUAAAAAGAGAAUGUGAUGAAGGAAGGAAGCAAAUAUAUGAAAUUUAUCAACUUGCUCUAGUUUCUUGGCGUGAUUUUUUGUUCCGGCCAUUACAUAAACAGGUUACCAGUGCUGUUUUGAAACUUAUCGAGAAAGAAAGAAAUGGAGAAACUAUCAAUACUAGGCUUGUCAGUGGUGUUAUGAAUUGCUAUGUUGAACUAGGGUUAAAUGAAGAUGAUCCUUCUGCGAGAGGGCAAAAUCUUUCUGUUUAUAAAGAAGCUUUUGAAAAUACAUUCCUUGGUGAUACGGAAAGGUUCUAUACUACAGAGAGUACAGAUUUCAUUCGACAAAAUCCUGUCACAGAAUAUAUGAAAAAGGCUGAACAACGACUGCUAGAAGAGCAAAGACGUGUUCAGUUAUAUCUUCAUGAGACAACACUUGAUAUUGUUGCCAAAACGUGUGAAAAAGUUUUAAUUCAAAAGCACCUUGAGAUAUUUCAUUCAGAAUUUCAAAACCUUCUAAAUGAUGACAAAAAUGAAGAUCUUGGAAGAAUGUUUCAACUUGUUUCAAGAAUCUUUGAUGGUCUUGGAGAGUUACGGACUAGGCUAGAAAGCCACAUUCAUUAUCAAGGUCUUUCAGCAAUAGAAAAGUGUGGUGAUGGUGGGAUAAAUGAUCCUAAAAUUUAUGUUAAUACUAUUUUAGAAGUACAUCGAAAAUAUAACGCCUUAGUUAUGACUGCAUUUAAUAAUGAAGCUGGGUUUGUUGCUGCACUUGAUAAAGCUUGUGGAAAAUUUAUAAAUAAUAACAAUGUAACAAGAAUAGCAAAUUCAUCUAGUAAAUCUCCAGAAUUGUUAGCAAAAUUUUGUGAUCUAUUACUAAAAAAGAGCUCAAAAAAUCCUGAAGAAUCAGAAUUGGAAGAUAUAUUAAAUCAAGUGAUGAUAGUAUUUAAAUAUAUUGAAGACAAGGAUGUUUUUCAAAAGUUUUAUAGUAAAAUGCUUGCAAAAAGAUUAGUUCAGCAUAUGUCUGCAAGUGAUGAUGCAGAAGCUAGUAUGAUUUCUAAACUAAAACAAGCUUGUGGUUUUGAAUAUACAUCAAAGCUGCAACGUAUGUUCCAAGAUAUAGGUGUCAGCAAAGAUCUGAAUGAACAAUUUCGAAAACACCUUUUUAACUCCUAUGAACUGCUGGACUUGGAUUUUAGUAUACAAGUCCUUAGUUCUGGAUCAUGGCCUUUUCAACAGUCAUUUACUUUUGCUUUGCCUCAGGAGCUCGAACGCAGUGUGCAGAGGUUUACUACGUUUUACAGUAGUCAACAUAGCGGACGAAAACUACAUUGGCUGUAUAAUAUGUCGAAAGGAGAACUUGUAACUAAUUGUUUUAAAAAUCGUUAUUCAUUACAGGCUUCUACAUUUCAAAUGGCUGUUCUACUUCAGUAUAAUACUGGUGAUAUAUUUACAGUUCAACAGCUGCAAGAAAGUACACAAAUAAAAAUGUUGGAGGAACCAAAUGGCAGUCUGGAUACUUUUGAUCAUAAAAAUGAUCUUUUAAUACAAGUUCUGCAGAUUUUGUUGAAGUCAAAGCUUUUAACAUGUGAGGAUGAUGAAAAUGAAUUACAUCAAUCAUCAUUAAUUAUGCUUUACUUUGGUUACAAAAAUAAGAAACUAAGAGUUAACAUUAAUGUUCCAAUGAAAACAGAAAUGAAAAUAGAACAAGAAACAACACAUAAACAUAUUGAAGAAGAUAGGAAAUUAUUAAUUCAGGCUGCUAUUGUGAGGAUAAUGAAAAUGAGAAAAAUAUUAAAACAUCAACAGCUUUUAGUUGAAGUUCUAAAUCAGUUAUCUCCUCGGUUUAAGCCUCGAGUGCCUGUUGUUAAAAAAUGUAUAGAUAUUUUAAUAGAAAAGGAAUAUUUGGAACGUACUGAUAAGGACACUUACAGCUAUUUAGCAUGACAAUAUUUUCAUAGUAAUAAUGUGAUUACAUAGUUUGAGUUCUUCCUUACCAACAGCACAACACAAGGUGGAACCAUGUGCACUUGGACUGGGAAUUCUGCCUGUUUUGUUACGAAUAUUUUAUAAACCUUUCUAUGAAAAUGACUUAUUACAACAUCCUUCACUGCUUAAAAUGCACAUUGUGUUUGUGUACAUAUAUAUUUCAAUGUAUGUAUAUUUACACUCACAAUGACUAAAACUAAUCAUGAGCAUUGUAAAACUAAUUCCUAAUUAUUCUGAUACAUUGUUAGUUCAAGCGUUUAUAAUGAUCUAAAUCUCAACCUUCUUUUUAUCUGUACCUUGCUUAUAUCUGUUCCUUAUGCAAAUUUUUAUCUUAUUUUUUGUACCUGUAUC